AUGAUCACCAUGUUGCAGGCGGAGCAGAGUGGGAAGCAGCCGUCAGGGCGAAGGGCAGCCGCAUCCCGCGCCUUCUGCCAGUUCUUGCCUAUUAAGUUGGCAGGGUCAGCUGUCAUUGGUUUCGGACUAUGGUUUCGGUUUGGAGGCACCAUGAAGGACUUCUCAUCGGAGGACAAGUCCCCAGAGUAUUUCUACAUGGGGCUGUAUGUGCUGGUGGGAGCAGGGGCCCUGAUGAUGGCCGUGGGCUUCUUCGGGUGCUGCGGAGCCAUGCGGGAGUCGCAGUGUGUGCUGGGAUCUUUCUUCACCUGCCUACUGGUGAUAUUUGCUGCUGAAGUAACCACUGGAGUAUUUGCUUUUAUAGGCAAGGGUGUAGCUAUACGACAUGUUCAGACCAUGUAUGAAGAGGCUUAUAAUGAUUACCUGACAGACAGGGAGAGGGGAAAUGGGACUCUCAUUACCUUCCACUCAACAUUUCAGUGCUGUGGAAAAGAAAGCUCUGAACAGGUCCAACCCACAUGCCCAAAGGAGCUUCUAGGGCCCAAGAAUUGCAUUGAUGAAAUUGAGGCCAUAAUCAGUGUUAAGCUCCAGCUCAUCGGAAUUGUUGGUAUUGGGAUUGCAGGUCUCACGAUCUUUGGCAUGAUAUUCAGCAUGGUCCUUUGCUGUGCGAUACGAACCUCACGAGACGUGAUCUGAAGCUACUUCUACGUGAAAAUCGCGAUCUAGAGCUUUCAUACGGCUGUCACCGGAACUGUCUCCUGGCUCAUUUUUAAUAUUCAAAGGACACUCGGAUCUAAAAUAAUAUGCUGUUAAUCGUACAUUUGCACAUGUAUGUAUGUUUGGCUCAUUACUCGUUUACCCCUCGAGUGAAUGCUGUGUAUAUUGACUGAGAGUCAUGUGUGAUCUGUGUGUUUCUGGUGUAUGCAUUGUACAUAAUGAAAUCUGUUUGCUGGAAAUUCCUGGUUCUUGUUAUAUCAGAGGAACAACCUAUUUGACUCUCAGAAAAAGAUCAUCAGACUUUGAGAAACUUGAAAAACGUGGCUAUUCAGAAGAAAUGAUAAUGGGUCAUUUUCUCAGAUUCUAGCCAUAGAAAGUUAGAUACGGAGAGUUCAGGAUUUCUGGUUAACAGAAGCAAUAAACUACAGGACUUGAGAGAUCGUGGUGUAGUGCUAAAAUUGCGUCUGAAUUAGGUGUAAGGGUUUCCUGGGAUUUUUUUAUAUACAUACUCUCCCCAGAACACAGUAAACCACAGUUUUAGAACUAAACACAUCUGUAAAACUAAAUAUAGCAUGGAAAAUCUAAUUUGAAUAAGUCAUACUUUCCUAGUAUUUAAAAAAAAAAAAAACUCCCUCUGGAAAGAGUGGUCACACAGACAAUCAUGUGCCCUAUAAAAGUGAGUGUUUUUAGGACUUGAAAAAAAAGGCUUUUAGUAACUUUUUAAGGAAAUUUUUUGUUCUUAUAUAAAUACAUUUAAAUAUCACUUUAUUACUUUCUUUUUCUGACUCUGCUCGUAACUACAGCAGCCCUCACGUGAACAAAAGGGCUUUUAUCUCAAAUUUUUCUGUGUUUCUCCAAAUGUACAGAAAGACUAAAGCAAGAGAUCUGGCAGUUGCAAAUAGUAGGAAAGAGAAUUUUUAAUGGCACUGUUGUAUCUUUGAAAUACCUCAUAACUUGAGUUUACAUAUUUUUCUAAUUUUUUGUAUUUUCUUAUUCACCUAGAGAAUUCUUCUUUAUAGAUUUUGACCUACAAUUUUCACCCCUUAAGAUAAAACAAAAUCCUUCCUUAUUCAAAUAUUAUAUCACAAGCAUCCUUGGCCAAACUGAAAGAAAGAACGAAAAGCAUCUACUAGUUGUGUGCACACAGCAGAGACAAGCUAAGGAAAUUAAAAGACUGAAACCCACAAAGCAGAAAUAUGUUUUUUCUGUGUAAAUAUCCUAUAAAAAUAAAAUUUUCAUAUUCUUUAUGGUCUUGAUGCUUCAAUUUAGGUAAGUAAACCCAAAUUUAGAAUCUAAACUGAUAUCUAUGUCAAUUUUUAACAACUUAGUACGUUUAGUAGAUCAUGGAGGGUUUUUAAUUGCAUUUUAAAAGGCCACACAAAAGUGAAAGUACUGGGGACUCUGGAAACCCCGGUAAGUUCAUACACCUGUGAGAACACAAGUCUUUGGGUACGCACUAAAGGAAAGUGUGCACUCCCAAGAAACUUCUACAAAACGUUUUGCUGAAAAGACCUAACCACUACAAAUAGUCUCAUUUGCAUAGAGAACCACACUUCUGCCAUGCUUGCUACUGCUACUAACUUUGGAGGAAGCUUUUCUGAAAAAAAAAAGAUUGGAAGCAAGCUAAAAAUGUAACUGUACAUGGCUACUUUACUGUGUCUAUAGCUAAAGAAAAGAUUAUUUUAAGAAAAUGACUUCAUGAAAUAGAUGUUUAUAUGCCAGUAGGUGAGAAAUAUAACCUCUUAAGUAAAGAACAAACAGCCCAUCUCGCUUCAUGGCUUUAGUUCGUCCUCUACCUGAACACAGGCCCAAGUGCAUAGGUUUCUUCCACCUCGGAGUCAUCUCUGAUUCAAAAACACUGAGUUUCAUUCUAUACCUGAAUUAACAACCAUGAGAAGACUACAAUACUUAAAAGUGGAAGAGUAGAAACCCAUUCCAUCUAUGGUUAAUGUGUCCCUUUGGGAGUAAUUUUUCCAAAAUAUGUGCCAUGAGUAAAAUUAGAGAAUCCCACCUCUGCGUGAGGGCAGAUUUUUAUAUAUCAUAAAUCUGUAUAUAUCUUGAAUUCCUAGAUAUCUUGAAUCUAUGUGUCUUGAAUCUAUGUAUCUUGAAUAUAUAACUCUUGAAUAUAUAUACAUAUAUGACUUGAGUAUAUGUAUGCAUGAAUGUGUGUACACGUAUGGACCUGCAUACGUGUAUACAUAUAUGGGUACAUAUAUAUGCACACAAAUAUAUAUAUAAAGUUUUGGUUAUAUCUGUUUACCUGAACUGAUUUGAGAUCAGACCCAAACAUAUUCUUAAGCAUCUGGUUCCAAAGCACUGAAUUAAAAUUUCUUGAUUAACUAUUUUAUUUCAAAUUAAAUUUUCUAUGUGCUGGA